UAAAUGGUAAGAAUAACGUAAUAAAAUUUUCCAAACAUUUAAAUUAAGAAUAACAUUUUUUAUAUUUUAAAACGUUUUAAAUUAGAAGAACAAUAUAUUAUUAAAUUUUCAAACUUUACAAGUUUUUUUAUUCCAAAAUAUUUUACUUUGGCAAAUAAAUGGAAGCAAUAGGAGUCAGUUGUCAGUCGGCAGUCACACUGGUUUUGCUCUGUUCGGCUCUUUCCUAUGCUGCUCCGAUGGUUUCCGAUGUGCCACUCCCAACGAAUCCGAACCCUCUUGAAAUGAAUCCACCGCAAAAUACCAACAUUCCGACGCUCAUAACCAACGAAAUUUUUUACACAAACAAUCCCACUCAAUUCCUCAACAGCAACAAUCCUGGCAUUCUCACUUCAUUCUUCAACAGCAACAAUCCUGGCAUUCUCACUUCAUUCUUCAACAGCAACAAUCCUGGCAUUCUCACUUCAUUCUUCAACAGCAACAAUCCUGGCACUUCCACUCCAUUCCUCAACAGCAACAAUCUUGGCACUUCUAAUCCAUUCUUCAAUCCUGUCACUCCCACACCUUUCCUCAACAGUAACAAUCCUAGCACUCCUAUCCCAUUCAUCAACAGCAACAAUCCCGGUACAUACAAUCCCACUCAGUUCUUCAACAGCAACAAUCCCACUACCUAUAAUGCUGCUCCUUACACAAAUUAUCAAACUGCCAUAGUCACUGGUAACAAACCUGGACUAGGCUAUCCAAACUCUAACACCGACAAUCCUACACCUCUAAAGAACAACAAUCUUCUGGCAAAUAAUUCCAUUCCUAGCACCAACUUUGGCAUGUUUUACACCAACAAUCCCACUCCAAUCAUUAACAACAGUAAUCCUGGAGUAAAGAAUCUUUUCUUGAGCACCAACAACAUCAUGCCUUACACCAACAAUUCAACUCCAACACCCGGUAAAAACCCUUUAACAAAAGAACCUCUCUUGAGCACUAUCAUUGGAAUGUCAUAUACCAAUAGCAGCAAUUCGUCUGUCAAAGGUGUUCUUAAUAAUCCAAACAAUUCGGUUGCUAGCACUGACAAUCCUACACCAUUCAUCAACAGCAAUAACUCUGCUUCACACAAUCCAAAUUUUAGCUCGAACAAUGGAGUGGUUGUCGCAAACAAUCCAAUUCCAAUUUUCAUUAACGCUGGUUCCUCAAACAGCACUACCACAAAUCAAAACAUUGAUGGCGUCGAUGUCAGACCAAGCAGUUCCUCCUCGGCUUCGCCCAUCAGCGUCGACCGUGGAACCUCUGACACCACUACUUCCAGGUCCGGGUAGGAGCAGACAGGCUUGCAGAUGUAAGGAUCCGUGUUCAAAAUUUGGAGAUUGGAUUUAGGAUAAAUUGUUGAAUUGAUAUUAUUUAUAAAUUUCGAAUAAAAUCAACAUUUUAAAUUUUUCUAUGUGAUUUUGAAUGUGAUUUUUAGUAUGAUUUUUUAAUUAGCAGUGUUUUGAUUACAUUUAUUUUUUAAAUCUGCAUUUAAAGGCGUUAUUGUAAUUUAUUAUGUAAUAAAAAAAAUAGUAGAUCGAAC